AUGAGCCGGCCUCCAGCAACAUCACGCAAGCUCAGGCGUGUGCUGGUGCUACUGGCGCUGUUCUUGACGUGUCAGCAAGCAACGCAGACGGCGCGGGCUUUGCUUGGAGCGGGGGCCGUGCCGUUUUCAAGGUCGGUUCCUGCAGGAAUAUGGGCACGCAGCUUGCUCGUUGCACGCAGGGCUGAGGCUGAUGGCACUUUGGAUGGUGGUGAGGCUGUCCCAUCACAGACCGCUGAAACGGUCGAAGAUGCCACGCAGGGGAUUACCGGGAAGAAGGCUUCCUCAGCAAAGUAUGAGGUGGAAGAGGUGGAAGAGGCGACGACCCAGGCCAAAGCAGGCUUCGAUCAGGCCCAGUGGCUGCAAAAAACAGCUGAGCAGAUCCGGCAGUUUGGCGUGGACGAGGUCAGUUCUUGGGUCCGGGCGGCCUUGGAAACGGAGAACUACGGCGACAAGGGGCAGAGCAUUGCCGAGAUUUUGAAGCAGAACGACGUGAGGGGCACCGCGCUCCUGGAGUUGACUGCGGAGAAGAUGCGAACGGUUGGCAUUCUCAUGGGCCCCGCUGAAGUCCUGGCCAAGCGCAUCGCUGCUGUUUCUGCCCCGCCGACGGCCGCAAGCGGAUUCCAGGUUGAAGCCGUUCCGACAGACAUUGCUUUGAUAGUGGAAGCAGCGGUGACGAGAGCAUUGGCUGCGGAUACCGGCCUGUCGAUCUCGAAGACCAAUCUGUGGAAUGGUCCGUGA